AUGCAAACAUAACCAGAUCAAGAACGACUCAAUACAUAGGCCAAUUAACUAUAAGAACCGAUCUAAAAUAAGGCUCCCUUUUUCGAUUUAGAAUCUUCAGGGGAUGCAUUGGAAGAUGGAAGAGUGACUAAUCUAUAUUAUCAACGGUAUUUGAUUUAGAUAAUGAAUUGUAGAUUUAGGAUGAUGGAUUUGAGUUUUUUUGUAUUCAAUUUUAUUGGGACUGGUUUAACUGUGAUAACAUUAGAAUUAAUUCAUUACGAUGAAUAACCAGAAGCACGCUUGGUGAUCUUGUGGGUGAUAUUCAUAUCAAAUAUAAUAAUGAUGGGAUUGGCUGUAGUUAGGAAUCAAGUAAAACUGAAAUGGAGAGAGAGUAAAGGAGAUGUGUAUAGUGGAUUUACAAAGGAGCACGUAGAGAUGUUGAUGGAAAUUAUAAUUAUUGCAGCAUCUCCCCUUCCUUUCUUAGAUAGUAUUAGUUUUUAUUUUACUAAUGAUUUUGUCGAUGGAGAUGUAAUCUAUAUAUAAUAGACAGGUAUAUUAUUAUGCAAAUGAAUUGCUAUGUUUGACUCUGGCAUUUCGAGUAAUCUUCUUUAUUCGUACAACUUUAUUGAAUUCAUAUUGGCAUUCUAAUCGAACAGAUAGAGUCUGUAGUUUGUAUGCUAGUCAAGCCGAUUACAUGUUUACCAUAAAAUCUCUAAUGAGGUAACAAUAAUUACAUCAAUAGAAAUCAGCCUUUCACUGUGAACUAUAGUGCUAUGAUUCUUUUGAUAUUUGUAUUUGGUUACUGUCUAAGAAUAUGUGAGAGUCCCUUAAAUAGGAUUGAUGUUAGCAGUAACGAUUUUAGUAGUUACGCUAAUUCCAUGUGGUGUGUUAUAGUUACAAGCACUACUGUAUUUUCUAGUUUAAAUUGUAGUUAGGAUAUGGUGAUUAUUAUACAAGAACAUUAUUGGGACGUAUAGUAAUGAGUGUGGUUUGUAUUUUGGGUAACUUUGUUGUGUCAUCUAUGAUUGUGAUCAUCACAAAUGAGUCAUACUUAACUACAUUGGAAAACAAGGUUGUCAUUCUCAUUGAUCGUUUGAGUUUGAAAAAACAAAUGUAAUAGGAAGCAGCUAUGAUUAUUACCAUUUUUGGUCGUAUGCAUUAUGCAAAAAGGUAUGUAUCACUCAUUUUGUAGACAUCUUGAUUUGACUGAAGAUGAAUUCACAAACAUGAGCAAAAAAAUGAAAAAAUAUGCCAUUCAAUUAAAGUUAACCACUCGUAAAUACGUUGCAGCCAGAGCUUUGGGAAGUCAAUUGGAAGAAAUCAAUAGUGGAUUUAAUUCACUUAAGGAAAAUCUUAAAUAGACAUCUUAGUUGUAGGAGGAAUUAAUAAAAGCAAAUGAAAAUCUUAUUUAUAAGAUAGACAACAAAUGA